UUGCUGGGAUACAACGCCCAAAAAUAAACAGUUGUCUAACCCUCCAAAUUAUAUUGUAAACAUUGCACUUGCAAUGAAAAUGUGAUAGUUUAUAGAAAUUUCAAUAAAUCGGAAUGUUUGUAUCUCAACGGUUAUAAGUAAAUUUAUUGUACCGCUAUAUUUAAAAACAAUCGUCAUCAUGAGGAAUAUUUACGUUGUACAGAAGAGACCACUGCAAGACAGUAGAAAUAAACAAAAAGUAAGAGCUCUGGUAAUGACCAAUCAAGAAUGGUCAAGUCUGCUGAACAAGCAGAUGUCAGAUUCACAAAAAAAUAUGGACAUAACAGAGAGAAAGCGUUUUGAAGAUGAAAGCCGCAAAAAAUUGUCCAAAGAAAUGGCAAACACUUGGGAUAACACUGUCAUUAAUCUGAGAAGGCGGAGACUGGAACUAAGAAGAGAAAGAGCGGCCAAGUUGGAAGCGGAUCGGAGACAGAGAUACCUACAGACGAGGAAGGAAGAAGCUGAUGAGAACAAAAAGAUAACUGAGGAAGCAAAAGAGAGAAUUCGCAAAGGACAAGAUAACUACAGGAAUAUGAUCAGUUCUGUUCGGUUUUCAGAGGUUUUGAAGGAGAGAGAAGAACAAGUAAAAUUCAAUAAAACUUUGAAAGAAAUUGAAGACCAAAAAGAAUUUGAAUACGUACAGACUGUUAGGAAAGAUGUUAAAGAGUAUCAAGACGAACAAUGCAAACAAAAAAUGUGCCUGGAGGAGGAGAAGAGAAGAUUGUUUUCAGAAUUCCAGCAACAACUGGAACAUUUCUUCGAGAAAAGGAACGAAACUAUUCAGAAGAAAAUCGAGCAGGAGAGAGAAGACAAUAUACACAUUCACCGAGAAACGUUACAAGAGGAAGAGAAUGCUCGAAUAGAGGCAGAGAAAAAACGACAGCAUAUCAUGAAUGAUGUGAUAGAGAACAGGAGAAUGAUAGAAGAACAGGCAAAAAUAAAAAGAUUGGAAGAAGAGGAAGAAGAUAACGCAAUAAGAAUUCAUGCAGCAACUAAGAAGAGAAUAGCUCGCAUGAGAAAGGAGAAAGAAGUAGAGUUGCAUGAGAAAGCACAAGAACGGAGAAAUAAAAUUACCGCCCAACUUCAUAGCGAAGCAGCUGAAAUUGAAGCAAAAGAAAACAAAAUUCUCUUGAGAGCAAUGGCUGACAGAGAUGCAAGGGAGGAAGCGCUUCUAGCAAAAAAGAAAGAAUACAAGGAAGUUCUUCUUCAGGAAGUAAAAGAGGCCCAUCAAAAUCAUAUGAAACUAAAAGAGGAAAAGUUGAGAAGAGAAGAGGAAGAAAGCAAGUGGAACAUGAUUCAGCGCUUCAAACAACAAGAGGAAUUUGAAAAGUUCAACAAAGACACCCAGCUUGAGAGAGUUCGUAAAAUGCAACUCAAUAAAUGCACAUGGGAUAUACAGUGUGCUGAGAACAUAGCCGCUGCCAUAGAACGUAAUCAAGAUGUGAAAGCAGUUGAAAGGGCUGCCGAAUGGUGGAAGGAUGAGGACAAACAUUUCCUUGAAUAUGCACAACAACUUCUCAAGGAGAGCCGAGAAAGAGGGCGGCCAUUACUUCCCAUUCUAAGAGUUAUCGAGGCAUACAAGAAAGACAAUAAUCUCUGUAAACUGCCACCUCAGCAUAAGACUUGGAAGUCGAAGGUUCCAAUAGAUUCCACCUCUGUUAAUGUGGAAACUCAGACUGAGAAUAAGAAAGCAAAAUAAAUCUACAGACAAGUAGAAGAAGGAAAAUCCAAUUUUUUCUGUUUGUGAAUGUGACUGUUAUUGAAGUAAAAUGUGUCGUUUAAUAGUAAAUUUCCUAACUCCUUCAUUAGAUUCUAAAGUAGGCCUUACUAGUAGUAAAUUAAAAAUAAUUCCUUCAUUUUAUUGUAUUAGAUCUUAGUUGUUCUUAUGCAGUUUAUCCAAAGUUUAUAUAUUCAAUUGAAUUAUCAUCUCACAACUUAUAAAGUGAUAUUUUGUUAAAUUAAUCCGUAAUUCACAAUCUCCUAUUAUUGCAAUUACCAAGUUGAAAUCAAUAUAUAGUGAAACAUAUUCAUCAGAGUAUAUUUAAUUAGUAGUAAAGUACCUACCCUCCAAUUUUCCAUUUAUUGUUCAUCUACAGUUCCAUUUGUGAGAAAAAUGAUCAGGUGACAUUGCACAAACAUAAAAUAAUAUUGACAAUGGCGA